AAAGGAAAAGGAAAUACUAGUAGCUCGCCCAAAGGGUCACCAGCAAUUUUCAGCUUUCGAGUUGGAAGAUAUACGGGGAGACACUGGCCGCCUCUUCCCAACGACGUCGCUCUCUACUUACCGUGUGUGAAACUUGAUUUUUAAAUUGUAAGAAUGGAAGAUGUCAUAACCGAAAUUCCCCCGCCUUCAAGAUUCUUCCAGGAAGAUCUUAACAACUUUAUACCUCCAUCCCCAUCUCUCCCGUUGCCAUUCCUUGUACUCUCUAAUCCUAAGCCUGAUAAGCCCCUUCGUCCAUCUCUCCUUGUCAUCGCGUUAUCAUCUCCAUCUUUGUAUAUCUUCCACCAUUUGUCAACUAAGACCUUAAUUGGAAGUCUUAUCCUACCUGAGAUCCCUUUCUCUGGCAUCUCUGUUGAACCCUCGCUAGGAGACAAAACCUGCAACAUCUAUUCGCUUAAUGAUGAGGACAAUUCUACUCUCCUUGUGUCAGUUCAACAUGGUGUCUCUGCAGAGAGAUCUCACUUUGUUGCAAGGUUGCUGAUAGGUGAGGAUAUUGUUCCUGAGAGGGUUCUGAUAUUGGAUUCAAUUCAGAGCUCAAACUUCAGGGGCAAGCUCUCACCAGAUGAAACAUAUGCUUUUAAGCUGGAGACAUUAGCAGAAAGAAAAGGAUCAGGUGGUGGCAAUGUAGACUUCUCACUGCUAAAGGGUUUAGACUAUUUUCCAUCUGGUAGUAUGAUUGAUGGCUUGGCUGCUGCUCUGUUGAGUCGUUGCCAAUUGAAGAACAUAAAGGGGACAUUGUGUGUUUCAUGGCCUGAAUUUGGUAGUUCUGUUGUGACUCUAAUUAGAUCUCUACUGCAAAGGAAUGUACUUCCUAGCCUGGACUUGAGCUUAAAGGGAGUGGUGCAGGAUCAAUAUGCAAGGUUCAAUCGAAUUAGGCAUCAGCCUUAUGAUACCGAAUUGUACACUUAGUGAACUACAUUUAUGCAUUCGCCCACUCACACAAAAAUGAAGAAGAAGAAGAGAGAUAGUUUUAUGUUUUAUUCCUUUCUUAACAUUUCUCUCUUUUUGACAUGUUGUUCUGCUGCAUAUUUUUUUUGGAAGAGGUGCAUGAGAGUAAUUCACUAAUUUGUCUGCUGGGUUUUGCCAUUUCUUUUAAGUUGAACUUAUAAGAAGCCUCUGAACUUGCUCCUGUUUGA